UAUACCCCCCGGCGCACUGCAAUCCGAUCAGCCCAAUCAUAACCACCAGGGACAGUGUGUCAGAGGAGACACGACUCAUAGGUGUCAUCGCACCUUGCUUAGGCGGUCAGGUGUCCAAGAGGCUUCCUCGUGCUCUGUUCAACAAUUUGCGAAUGACAUCCAUCUACCGUUUCGCGCUCAGCUGCUUCGAUCUGUCUAUUUCCACCUUCUAUCUUUUUCUCAUCGACCAGCAUCAACAUCACAGCAGACUAUACACAGUGCUGUGAUUGUGAUACCGCGAUCCCCGCGCGCUGAUAAGAUACUGACAGGGUUGGCAUUGGACACCGCUACAAUCUGCCCCACAUCGAAACAUUCGAUACUUCGUUUCUUCUUCCUUUUCUUCUUCAACCGCCCCUUCCUGUGGGAAGGAAGAGUAUUUUAUCUUUGAUUCCUUUAUAUACUUCACAAAACGGACAGAGCAUUUUCGACUUUAUUUAGUCGCUUUGUCCAAGAUGGAGUCUCAUCGGCAUGACAGACAUAGUCACGAUACCCAGGCGGCUUCAGAAAGUGCUGCCUUGUACAGGGCACGGGGUGGUGUUUCAUCGUCGCGAGACAGUCCCCUAGGGUCACGAAACCCUAGGCUACGAUCUGAAGACUCGUGGAUCGAGGUAUCCUCACAACCAUCGACAUCUUCAUUAUCAUCGGCUGCGACCACAGACGACAUCAUUACAACAGGUUUACGUGUAGAACGACCAGAUCUGCGCGCCUCACAAAUCCGGAACAAGAAGAAACGAUCAAAGCAACAUGCGAGACUACUUAAUGACUCUUCGCGAGAAUCGAGCAUAGCUGGAGGGAGCAGUCAAGAUGAAUAUGAUGAAAGCGACAGCGAAUCAGAUAAGGUGAUGAGCGGUUCCAACGAAGACGUUACAACACACUCGCGAGGUGACGCUCUUCUUUUGCGCCACGGAUCUAUGUCGGAGAAUACGUCUUCAGGGGAGGACGACGAAGAUGACCGCUCAACAGCGUUAGGGCCGCGAAUAAGCUCAUCGCCUUUUGUUCCUCAACCGAACGCUUUCUCACAUGCACCGCAAUAUUCCCGGUCGAGAUCAUACAACGAUCCGGGUACUACACCCAGUCUUGUCUCAAAUAGUAGUCAAGCUACGACAGUACGCCACAACUCAAGUUCAACCAUUCGAAACACUCGCAGAAGCAGCCGCACCCAACAUGUACCGUACAAUAUGAUUUCUCCCAGUUACCAGGCAGACCAUGAUGCCGCACUACGUGCGAGCCUGUCUACUUUAUUAUCUCUGGGCACAGCGGUUCGUGGAGCACCAAAGAACGAUAGUCCACCAGCACCUGCAGGUCCACAAGUAGCACCGGCAUCCACAUUCCGUCUCGUCCCAGAGUCAGUCGCUAUGGGUGAAAAAACAGAUGAUGGUGGACGCGCACCAGUGAAUCCUGGCAGCCCUCGAACAGAGACCCGAACUAUGCAGCAGCCUAAGCAGCCUCGCUCAAUCUCAUCCUCGGCACCUUCGAAGGGUAAGAGGAAAGCAUCCAAGGAUCGCGGCUCAUCUCAUACGUCGGCAUCAAAGAAAUCCCGACAAACUAGUAUGAGCAGCUCGCUAGUUGGUGUCAGCCCAACUUUGAUGACGUGGGUCAUUAGUGCCGGUGUUGUUGUGCUAUUCUCAGCUAUCAGUUUCUCAGCCGGUUAUGCUCUCGGACGCGAAGUUGGACGAACAGAGAUGGCCAUGGAUCAGAUGAUCGGUGGGAGUAUGUCUGAACAGCUCGGUGGGGUGAGGUCAUCGACUGGCUGUGGUAGAGAUGCCGUGAAAGGUAGCCUCAAGCGAUUGCGAUGGGGAGGCGCUGCUGGCGGUGUCAGUGUCUAUAGCUAAGGUUUGUCUUUACUGGAAAAUAGGGUUGUUGGAGUUUGGCGCUUGCUUUUGCUAUCUGCACUUGAUGAUCCGGUCAUAAUUCUUUCUUUUCACGAAUUUCCUCUUCAGAUAUGAUAUGAUAUGAGUCAUAUGAGACAUGUCACGAGGUGGAGCAUUGGCCGAUGCAUUGGUUAAUAUUUUUCCUUUCGAAGGAAGCAUCUUCUACGCUCGUUCAGUUGUCUGUUAUUGAAGUAUAAUAUAUACCCAUUUAUGAUUAUUUGACUUGAUUCUGCAUGGACUUGAUGUUUAUGGACAUCCUUGGAGGAAUAUGAGUGAACUAUUUGAAUCUAAAUUG